CUAAUUAACAAAAAAUUUGACUUGAGUUGAUCAAACUUGUCACCAAUAUUAAUUUCAACCUUAUUUGUUACCUUAUACUGAAUUUUCUCUUCCUUCAUCACCCUCACCCACCCCACCACCCACUCACCAGCUUGAGGGUAUUUUCUCUCUCGCUCUGUGCGCAUGUGAUGUGCCAACAUUCCUCGGCACACGUUUACACCAGAUUCCUGAUUCUUUUCAUCUCCCUCAAUCUUCUCCUACCACCUUUCCAAUUUCCACUAUUUGCCCUCAUUUCGAUGCUCAUUUCUCCAUAAGAAAAAUCUACCCAUCUCGUUAUACUGCAUUUCUUUUUUCUUUUUUCUCUUUUGGUUGCUCAUUCAGGUUUUUCUUUUCACUAUACUAUGUCCUGCAAAACUCCUUAUAGUCAAGAUUAGACUAAAAUAAAGAAUCAUUUAUCAUUUCUUCGGCUACAAUUGCAUCCCUCAUUCUCUCUAUGUGCUUAAUCUCUUCAGCAUAAAUUUUCCCUGCAUUCAGUUAUUGACGGUUACUCUCUUUUGUAUCCCACAUACUGUAGUUUCCUAGUUUUAAUUUUUUAUCUGUAAGCAAGAUUUACUGGGUUUCUCUUCUUUUUUCAGCAAACUUUACUGUUGUUAUAGAAACCCCAUAUUUGUUAAAAAGCUCCAAACUUUGAGGUUAGAUUGUUGAUAAAAUUCGAUUUUAGGAAAAUACCCACACGGGAAUUGUUGGUGGUUAACCUGAUGCAAUCCGGAGUUGUUCAAAUGAUGGAGGAAAGUAAAGAUCAUUUAGUUGGAGGUAGGACUAACCAAACUAGGGCUUUUCCACGGAGGCUGCUACAGUUGUUGAUGUUGUUUCUGUUAUUGUGUUUUACUUUUUCUGUUGCUAGUAUUUAUAUGAUCAAGUACUUUGGUUUUCAUAGCAUAGUUCCUACAGUAAAACCUAGUUUACAGCCAUGUAUUGAGGAAGAAUGGAAAAACAUAGAGCUUUGGAUUAAUCCUCCGUCAAAUUUGCUGCAUACUAUGAAUGAUAAGGAGUUGGUAUGGAGGGCUUCAAUGGCGCCCAAGAUAAAGAAGUAUCCAUUCAAGAGGGACCCUAAGAUUGCAUUCAUGUUCUUGACUAAAGGGCCAUUGCCAUUGGCACCUAUUUGGGAGAGGUUUUUUAAGAGGCAUCAAGGAUUUUAUUCAAUUUAUAUUCAUUCAUUGCCGUCUUUUGAGGCUGAUUUUCCUGCUUCAUCGGUGUUCUACAAGAGGCAAAUUCCCAGCCAGGUGACAGAAUGGGGAAAAAUGAGUAUGUGUGAUGCUGAGAGAAGACUCCUUGCAAAUGCAUUGCUCGACAUCUCCAAUGAGUGGUUUGUUUUGCUUUCUGAGUCUUGCAUCCCCAUCUACAAUUUCAACGUCAUCUACAAGUACAUAAGUCAGUCAAAGCAUAGCUUUGUUGGUGCAUUUGAUGAUCCCGGACCAUUUGGAAGAGGUCGAUAUGAUGAGAAUAUGUUACCCGAGGUUAACAUUUCUCAGUGGCGCAAAGGAUCACAAUGGUUUGAAAUUAGUAGGAAGCUUGCUCUUUACAUAGUCGAAGACACAAAAUUCUACCCCAAGUUUGCGGAGUUCUGCAGGCCAGCAUGUUAUGUAGACGAGCACUACUUCCCAACUAUGCUGACCAUUCAAGCAUCAAAUCUCUUGGCAAACAGAAGUAUAACAUGGGUUGACUGGUCCAGGGGCGGGGCACACCCUGCCACUUUUGGAAUAUCAGAUAUCACGGAAGAGUUUAUGAAGAGAAUGCUGGGAGAACGCAGCUGUAUGUACAACGACAGAAAUACAUCAGUGUGCUAUCUUUUUGCAAGGAAGUUUGCUCCAAGUGCUUUGGAACCUCUGUUUCUGCUAGCACCAAAAUACUUAGGUUUCUAGAGUAUAAACAUGUAGGUUUGUUGUAUCAGGUAGGUGACUUCCCCCACUUGUGAGAUUACAUUGGGUAUCUUCUUAUUGUUGUUGUCAGAUUACAUUUUUCUGCCACCAUGUUGAGUUUGUUGUUUGAGUGUUUUGCUGGUACUUUUAGAUGGUUAGCUAUAUGGGUCCUUCUCCAUUUCUGACUUUGAAACUAUACUAGACAUGUAUCAUGUAUGUAUAUGCACCAGAGGUAUUUUGCGUAAUAUGUGAUUGUUCUUCCA